ACUUGCACUGAAUACCGUGCGUUUUUUUCCAGCGGCAUAGUUUUGAGACGGCCCCUAACUCAUUGUAGCACAGUCCGGUGCCCAGAUAGAGCCAAUUUCUGAUUUUCCGGUGACCAUUCUGGUAAAAAUGAAAUCGUAGCACCUUUCCUACAUUUCCGGAAUUGUGGACUUCUUCCUGUUUAUAUAUUAAUUUUCGUUUAUGACUACCCACUUAAACCGGUCGUACGGGACGGGUGUAACAAACUGUCAUAAGCUAAAUACGUUACUUCUUGGUGGCUUGCCCCCGUAACAUCCGUAACGUUACAUAUCUGGUCAAUCCGACAUGAAAAGAAGCGGCGCGUACAGGUUUUUGUCAGUUUUCUCAUGCUUCAUCGUUUGCGUGUUCUUGUUUUUAUUUUGGUUCUUUAUAUUUUACUCAAUGGUACAUGCACCAUAAGGCACAGACAUAGACGUCUGUAGCAGCUAAGCUAAGUUGGCUGGCUACUUACCCACAGUGCAUUGCUGUAUUGACAAGUCCCGCGGUCACAUGAUCGACUUGACCAGGAAGUAAGGAUUUCUGUUUGUAGUACUUGACUGCGCGGCCUGUUUGUGAACUUGUGAUGGCAUCUGACACCAGUGAAGCAGCGUCCUCCACUGUAGACCUCAAGCUGCAGUUUGCUCCCUUCAGCAGUGCUCUGGAGGCAGGCUUCUGGCACGAGCUUACUCAGAAGAAACUCAAUGACUACAGACUGGACGAGAGCCCCAAAUGUAUCAAAGGAUAUUACUACAAUGGUGACCCACUUGGUUUGCCCACUCGCCUGACAUUGGAGUAUAGUGCAUUUGAUGUGGAUGGUCUGACACCAGCCCGUUGCUGUCCAGCUAUUGGAACGCUGUAUAACACCAACACACUCGACGCCUUUAAGACCACCGAUAAGAAGGCUCUGCUGGAGAAAGAGGCCAAGGAGAUAUGGGAUGCUAUACAGUCUGGGGCUGCGUUGAAUGACCCAUCCAUCCUCUGCAGAUUCAUUCUGCUGACCUUUGCAGAUUUGAAGAAGUACCAUUUCUACUACUGGUUCUGCUUCCCUGCACUCUGUUUCCCAGAGGGAAUAAGGAUUGUCCAACAGCCUUCUGUCCUAGAUCAAGUUUUCUCAGCAAAACAGAUCGCAGCCUUGCAGGAGGCCUAUGAUGGUCUGUGUAUCAAAGGAGGGACCACAGCAGUUCCUUACUUCCUAAUGAAGUACACAGAUGACACUGUUCAGAUGGUUCCUCUUGGGGACUGGGAUACAUUCUUCACUGAUGCUAAGCAGGUUACUGUGGGCGUCUAUGAUCCGUGUACUCUGUCUCAACAUCCAGGCUGGCCUCUGAGAAAUCUGCUGGUCCUCUUGGCUAAGCGAUGGGGGUCUAAGUUGGACACAGUGGAAGUGCUGUGUUUUAGGGACAGAACUCUGCAGGGAAGCCGCUCCAUCCAGCACAGUCUCAUCUUCCAGAUCAAACUACCUGAGCUUCCCCUCAACUCAGCGUGUCCUAAGAGUGUAGGUUGGGAGAAGAACCCAAAGGGGGCCAUGGGACCCAGGAUGGUGAACCUCAGUGAAUGCAUGGACCCUAAAAGGCUUGCAGAGUCAUCAGUGGACCUGAACCUGAAGCUAAUGAGAUGGAGGCUAGUUCCUUCCCUGGACCUGGACAAGGUGGUCAGCACAAAGUGUCUUCUACUGGGAGCUGGGACUCUGGGCUGCAAUGUAGCCAGGACUCUCAUGGGAUGGGGAGUGAGACACAUCACAUUUGUAGACAAUGCAAAGAUCUCAUACUCCAACCCAGUUCGGCAGCCACUCUAUGAGUUUGAGGACUGUCUUGGAGGAGGGAAGUCCAAAGCCGUGGCAGCUGUUGACCGUCUCACCAAAAUCUUUCCUGGUGUGAAUGCAGAGGGUUACAAUAUGAGCAUCCCCAUGCCCGGUCACCCAGUGAAUUUCUCUGAGGCCACUCUCUCCCAGGCCCAGAGGGAUGUCGAGCAGCUGGAGAAGCUCAUUUCAGAACACGAUGUGGUCUUCUUACUAAUGGAUACGAGGGAGAGCCGCUGGCUGCCUACAGUGAUAGCUGCCAGCAAGAGGAAGCUUGUGGUGAAUGCCGCUCUGGGCUUUGACACAUUUGUCGUGAUGCGCCACGGCCUGAAGAAACCCCCCGUCAGUCAGAGUGUUUCUGCAGGGGCAGACUCCUCCCCUUCCUGUUCUUCUGCUUCCUCUUCGUCCUCCACACCGGCCGGCUCUGCGCCCUGUGUCCCAGGAUCCUCACUGUUCUCCAACAUCCCAGGGCACAAGCUGGGCUGCUACUUCUGCAAUGAUGUAGUGGCACCAGGAGAUUCAACCAGGGAUCGGACUCUGGAUCAGCAGUGCACAGUCAGCAGACCAGGCCUGGCCAUGAUUGCUGGAGCCCUGGCUGUUGAGAUGAUGGUGUCCAUUCUGCAGCAUAGUGAAGGAGGCUACGCAGUGGCCAGCAGCAGCGAUGACAGAAUGAACGAACCUCCCACCUCUCUGGGUCUAGUGCCGCAUCAGAUCCGAGGCUUUCUUUCGAGGUUCGACAAUGUCCUGCCUGCCAGCCUGGCCUUUGACAAAUGCACUGCCUGCUCACCCAUUGUCCUGGACCACUAUGAGAGGGAAGGCUUCAACUUUCUAUCCAAGGUUUUUAAUUCUUCCCACUCAUUCCUGGAAGACCUGACAGGGCUGACACUGUUGCACCAGGAGACACAGGCUGCAGAGCCAGUCCUUGGGGGGAGCUCGCAGACACCGGGUGAUAAGUGAUACGGGGCCCCCGCUGGGUGUGCCUACCACCUGCAAACUCAGGAGAAGGGAUCUGGUGCGUUGCAGAUUGGGCGGACAGAAGGUUGUCAGCCAUAACAGCAAACCAAGGACCUGCUGGUGGACACCAGUAGUGAAGGAGGCCGUCAAGCUAAAGAAGCAGGCAUUUGAGUUUGGUUUGUUCUCUUGAAUCAGCAGACCGAUAUCGGGAGGCCUGAAGGACUCCAGUUUUGUGCUUUCAGAAGCAAAAUCUCAGGGGUUGAGUUUGGGGAGGCCAUGCAGAAUCACUCAAAGAAGCUGAUCUUAACUGUCAGACAAUCUGAGAUACUUUGGUGGUAGUAGGAACACUUUGAGCAACUUCUAAACCUGACUGACAUGCACUUUUUGAAGGAGACAGAGGACUCGGGGGAACCCUUCACUAAUAAAGGUCACUAAUGAACAUAAAAAGCCCUUCAGAGGCAAGGCGCCAGGAGCAGGCUCUGGAUAUUGUUGAAUAUUAUGGGUUGUUGGCAGUGCCUUGCUGGAAAAUCUUUACAUUGGAAAUUAGGUUGCGGCUGAUUGUGGAACCUCAGAUUCAACAUAAGACCAGCUCUUCACUCCAGUCUACAUGUAUAUGUGUUGUGGAAAGCUUAUGAUGGUGUUCUGUGGGCAUUAACUUUUUAGUUCACUGGCCAAAGGACAUGUAAGAAGAAAAAACCCACCGGCCAAGCAUAUUUUUUACCGGCCAAAAUAAUAAACUGCCUUUUUGUGUAGACAUUUGUUGUGAAGAGGGAGCUGAGCCUGAAUGUGAAGCUUUCGAUUUACCUGUCAGUUCAGUCAGUGCUUACAGUAUGUUUAUCACCUCAGGAUAGUAGUCAAGCACUUAGGAACAGAGUGAAGAGCUCACACAUCCAGAAGGAGCUUAGAAUCACUGCUCCUUCACAUUGAAAGGAACCUAGUGAGGUUGCUCAGGCAUCUAAUUAUGAUCCCAGAGUACGUUAGAGGAAUUUGAUAUUCCACUGCCUGGGAAUGCCUCAGGAGAAGUCAGACAUCAUGGCUAGGGAGAGGGACUUCUGGGCAUUCUUGCUUAGCCUGCUGGAUCUAUGACCUGGACCUGAAUAAGGGGCAGAACAUUCAUGGCUAGAUAGAGCUUACCAUGGUCCCUCAAGAGCUGAGUAAGUUUUAUGACCCUGGGAAAUCCAGACAAAAUUCUUAAUAAAGUUUCAAAACAGCUAUGUCCUCUUCUGGAAACCAAGGCCUUUUGUAAGAAUUUAAUUAGUAGGAUUUCUCAAAUUAAAUGUUUAAUAGCAGAUAGGGACUACACUGUUUAAAAGGCAGAUAUAUUUUUGUCCUGUAACCUUCUUUUAAUUAUUCUGUUGCCAUAGCAGUACACAGUUGAUGUCUGUGGAACAACGAGCGGCAUAAAGUUCCAACAAACAUCCAGAAUACUUGGUGGUGGAAUAUGGGUGGUUUUCCUCAAGACUCCCCUCUGACAUGAGACAGAGGGAGUGGAGGGAGAGACAGAAAAUGAGUGGGUGUGGGGUUGGGUCUGGUCCUGUCGAGCUGUGGGAAAAUCCCACGUACUUUCUCCCCAACUCCUACUCAUAACACCCAGAUGGAGGAGGGGAGGAGAAAAGGAGGGAAAGGAGGAAAAAAGGAGUGCAGAUAAGAGAAACAGCAGAGGAAGACAAGGAGAAGAAAGAAUGGAAAGCUAAACAGGAUAGGAGAUGAAAGAGAAAGAAAGUUGUAAAAGGGAAGGAAAGCAGAAGCUAGUGAGGAAGAAAAUAAUUUCAGCUUUUUCUAUCUUUCCCCAUCUUCUCUCCUACUCUCUAUCUCCCUCUCUUGAGCCUCCUUCCUUUUCUCUCACGCUUACUAUCUCUCUAUCCCUCCUUUCCUCUCCUGCUAUCCAUCUUAACCUCAUUGCCUAUCAUUCUCUCUAUCUCUUGCGAUUGUUCCUUCCCUCUGUAUUCACCCCCCUCUCCCUGAUGAAGUGUGUUGAAGACUCUGGCGUAGGUCCCUUUCUCCUCAAUCAGAAGAUGGAGAGAUUGUUUUGAUUGCUCAGCCCACUAGCGCCAGAAGUCUUAGCGCCUGUUUCCUGUACACAGAUUAGCUAUUCUGAAAACUACUGCACUUGGAGGACGUCCCUUCAAGUUUUUUUCCCAAUUCCAGGAAGGGACAGAAGUUCCUCUCCCGCUCGUGAAAGCAUAUUAUUACUUAUUUCAUGCGGGAACCCACUAGAAACAGGCCUAUGGCUCAUUUUGGGUCUUGACCCAUAUUUUAAGAAGUACUGGCCCAAAAUAAUGAUAAUUCUCAAUGUAAAAAUUAGAGGUUAUAAGGGUCCUUAUGGGUUACCUUUUUAUGUGUACAUAUAGCAGUUGUAUACAGCUAUGAGUCAUCACUAGAUGAUGAUUAUCACUUCCCGUGUCUUAUUUAAUGAUAUUUGACUCUUUGCUUUCAGAAGGAUUGAUUUUACCUAAAUUGUGUAAAGAGAGCCCUUCAUUGUCACUUACAAUAUUUGCCUUUUUCCUGUAUCCUUUGUUUAGAAGUCAUACGUAGGUGAUUUUAUUUGUAUAAGUUGUUAUUUUUACAAUGUUCUCUUCUUUCCCUAAAGCAUGGUACUGAAUUCAUUACAGACCGUGUGUAUCUGUGUGUGUUUUUGUGCAUUCAAGUGUAUGUAACCAUUCUAAACUAUAAUCUACGUCACCAGAUAGCAGUACUAUGUACUUAUGGCCUAUUUUGGGCGAGUUUGUAACCUGAGAACUACUUUUUACGCGGUCACCACAGGGUUUUGGGGGAGUUCAAGUUCGGUAAAAGUUUAGACUGACUGAAAGCAGUAUUUGUGUGUGUGUGUGUGUGGGGGGGGCGUGUGCGUGCAAGUGUGCACAAAUCAGUGUGAAUGGCUUCUUUGUGAGAUCAGCCUUAUUGAGAUUUCAUACUCUGGUAGGAGCAAGGCAGAGUGGAAAAUGUACUAUAAAUCUGGCGUCUGGCAAAUUAGUUACAUGUAUUUGAAAGUUUGUUGAACAUUUGUUUUAGUAUGCAACAUGCUGUAUCUUUAGCCUCGUGAGACCAUUCGUGUUUGUGGCAAGGAAAAUCAAACAUGACAAACCAUUUUUAAAUAUUUAUGACAUGAUCUGUACUUGUACUGGAUUUUUUCCCCCUUUUACUCUACAAUUUGGUAUGGCCAGUUUCCCUUGUAUACUGCAGUCCUUCUAACUGUUACUUCCACUGUCACUACCCAAAAUGUAAGGCCUCAGUAUACUUCAAACAAAGUGCUUGUCAGAUCAUCUAACAGUGUGAAGCCUCCUUACCGGCGGCAAAAGGUUUUGUCACUUUCCAAAAACAGACAAUCUGAAACCUUAUAAGAAAAGUAGACUCAUUUCAACAAAUUCCCCAAAACAACACAUGUUUACGUUCAAGUGACAAGGACCUCUAACGGCUGUAGUAAUUAUGACUCUUCUGUGAUUUGUAACGAUUUUGGAAGGUACAGAUAAAUGAUGUUGUUCUGCUGAUAGGGGCAUCAGAUCAGAAAAACGCUGUAUGAGUCAUUCUAAAGGGCAUUUACAAACAACAUGUUUUGUUGUUUGAUUUGGAGGACUUGUUGGACAAUCUGACAAUCAUGCCCUCUUCACUUAGCAAUUGGCUGGUGAGCAACUGUGUGAAAGUAGUCAGGGUUUGAACUGCCUUUGAGUAGAGCUCGAAAGUGUACAAUUAAUCGUGUUGAGACUCCAAAGACACGCAAUUGUUGAGAUUGGGGAGGCAGUGUGACGCAGCCAGGAGGAAGCUAUGAUGGCAGGCUCCAAGUGUGUCCAUUUGGAAAAGAUAUAAACACUUUUGUACGUAUAAGCACGUUGUACAACCUAGUUUGUUUGAAGUAUACUGUGGCCUUUAGACUGCCACAUGUCUCGGCUGAUAACCGGUUUCUCCAGCCAUGUUUUUUCUUCACUUCAGUUUUGACAAGUCAUGUGGUUGGUUAAAUGUAGUUCAACAUAAUUAACAUUUAACAAAUUUACCCUCCAUAAUAGAAAUGCCUGAUCACCAAAUCUAAGUAGUGUCUGAUCUGCGCUCAGCUAACUCAGUUUUGGAGUAGGUUAGAACCAGGUUAGAUUAGCCCAUUGAGAUCGACCCCCAACGCAUGUUCAACCCUUGUCGUUAGCUAAUUAGCUUUCCUGAGUGUAACCUCAGUGUAGAGGGCUGGGUCAGACAAAUCAACACACCCAAAAACUCAAAGAGCCUGAAAGGAAAUUAGUGUCUGUACAGGAUGCUGCACCUCUCCUCUGACGCCCACCCACUGUCUUUGGCUUGGCAGAUUGUUAUAUAAAAUAUAUAUGUAAUGUAAAUGUAUAUAUUCAGCCAUACAGGCACAUACAGGGGUCAGGCUAAUCCUUAUUAUGUAAGAGGACAGAGGACAACGAGAUUUCAGCUUUCAGAAAAUCCCCUACCACUGUUGUUUAGGAAAAACAUGGCCACCCAUGCCACGCUAUUAAGUAACUUGGAUUAAACAAUUUAAUACAUCAGAUAAGUGAAAUGGAAAAAUUAUGUGUCAUAACUGUAUUUUCCCAGUGCCACCAUACUUGCUUUUACAUGUGAUAUCAAAGGAAGCCCAUGACCAUUGCUCAUUCUUCAUAAAAAAUAUUCCUAUUGUCAUUUUCAGUAAGCGAUGCCAUUUGCUUGCUUGCGUAUGUGUGUGUGUGUGUAUGUGUUCCCGCACACAUGAAUCUGUCCAAAUGUGAAUGCACCAUACAGAGGAUGUGUGACCCUCUCAGUACAAAGGGUCUUUCUGCAGAGUUCAUGUUCCACUCCCCUCCACCUACUCCAGCCAGCACUGCCAGUAAGUCACAAGAUAAAGACGUUUGCAUUGAA